CGAUAAAAACAAAACCAAGAAAUGGCUACUAUCGUGAGAUGGAUAAUAACUUGAAAACUGUGGAUAGAAGGCCGGCAACAUCUUGGCCAUCGGCAUCUAUGUUUGGCACCAGACAAGAAUCUUCCAAAGCGACGAGAACGGCGGCGACAAGAGCGAGAAGAGAAACAUAAAUAGACAUGUUUGGCACUUCCACUGUCCAUCUUUUUUCCCACCAGCAGCAACAAGCCAUCCAGAGACCACAGCAACUCCAGCUCCAGCAUCCUUUCUCGGCCACAACACUAUUCUAGCCCUUUGACCAGCGCCACCAACCCAGCCAAAAUGAAGGCCGUCUUUGUCUUUCUCUGCACGCUCGCCGCGUCGGCCAUGGCCACGCCGCUCGUGUCGGAGCGCCAGCUCGAGUCGCAGGGCGACGAGCUCGACAAGCUGACCAGCACCAUCAGGGGCUACACGGCCAACAUCAACAAGACCACGGCGGCGGCGCCCAGCAACCCGACGCUGGCCGACCAGACGGCGGCGGGCGCCGCGCUGGGCCCCGAUUUGCAGGGCAUCACGAACGCGCUGACGGCGGCGACGGCGCUGCUCUCCAAGCGCGACUUCGUGCUCGCGCGCACCGCGUGCGGCAGCGACUGCCUGCUGCUCAAGGUCAAGAUCCUCGUGUGGGAGAUUGCCUUUACGCUCAAGGUCGUCAUUGUCAAGCUGGGCCUUGGAUGUGUACUUGUGUACCUUACGCCGCUGCUCCUUUCGCUGGUCGGGCUGCUCAAGUGCCUCGACAAGGUCGUGGCCGGCCUCUUGUUCGCCAUCAAGGGCCUCUUAACCGAGAUCCUUGGCGCCGUCGCCGGCGGGGUGCUUGCCUUGAUUUUCUAGGCCCGGUGGGAGAGCAGGUUGUCGUGUC